ACAGCUGUCUCUCUUCUCCCUGCAGGAAGAUGUCCCUGCUGCUGAACAACCUCUUUGUGAUCACGGCCGCGCUGCUGUCGGGGUUCAGCCGGAUGGCAAGGUCCUUUGAGAUGAUUAUGCUCAGCAGGUUUUUCACCGGCGUGAACGCAGGUGUCAGCAUGAACAUUCAGCCCAUGUACCUGGCAGAAAGUGCCCCAAAGAAGCUCAGGGGGGCCGUGGCCUUGACCUCGGCGUCGUUUACAGCCCUGGGGCUGGUGCUGGGGCAGGUUGUUGGACUCAGGGAGCUGCUAGGAGGGGAGGAGAGCUGGCCCUUCCUCUUAGCUAGCAAUGCUGUGCCUGCCCUCAUCCAGCUCACGGCUCUGCCUUGGCUCCCUGAAAGUCCCAGAUACCUCUUGAUCGACCGUGGAGAUAAAGAAUCCUGCAUCUCUGCCCUGCAGAGGCUCCGAGGCAGCGGUGACCUCGGCGUGGAGCUGGAGGAGAUGCUGGCCGAGCAGGCUGCUGCCAAGGGCCAGAGAGCCAAGAACCCUUGGGAGCUGCUCAGGAACCCGUCCCUGCGGUGGCAGGUGCUGAGCGUGGUGGUGCUGAGCAGCGCCAUGCAGCUCUGCGGCAACGACUCGAUGUAUUUCUAUGCAGCGUAUGUGUUCCGAGAGGCUGGAAUCCCUCAGGCCAAAAUCCCGUAUGUUGUAAUCGGCACGGGGAGCUGUGAGCUGAUGGCGUCCGUCACCUGUAACAUGAUCAUAGACUACGCCGGUCGGAGGCCGCUGCUCCUGGGGGGAUACAUCUUCAUGGCAGGGUGGGCCGUGGUCUUCAUGGUCGCUCUCAGCCAGCAGACGCAGAUCAGCUGGAUGCCCUACCUCAGCAUGGCCUGCAUCUUCGCCUACAUCCUCAGCUUUGGAAUCGGACCAGCGGGUGUAACAGGAGUUCUGCCCACUGAGAUUUUUGACCAGCUCUCCCGCCCGGCCGCGUACAUGAUCUGUGGUUCCCUGCUCUGGUUCAACCUGUUCCUGGUCGGAACGGCCUUUCCCUUCAUCGUGAAAAGCCUCGGGCAUUUCUGCUACGUCCCGUUCCUGGUGGUCUGCGUCUGCACCGCGCUCUACAUUGGGUUCUUCCUUCCCGAGACAAAGGGAAGGUCCUUCCUGGAGAUCUCAGGGGAGUUCAAGAAACGGAACUUCAAGGCUGGGACCCACGUGGGGUUUUACAAAGGCCCCGAGGAGAUCAAAUCCACCGUGUUGUAGCAGAGGAGCAGAGUCUGGUACCUGGGGAAGGGCAGCAGCGGGGAGGCCUCCUGCAGGGAGAGGUGGGGUCAGGGACAAUCUGUCACCAUUAGGGGUUCACCCAGAAAAGAGGUACUCAAUCUGAUAAAUCCCAACAAAAGUGUAAUAAUCUGGUUUUAGUGCAAAGUGACAGGUACAUAUUUUAGGAUCCGUAUUAGAGAGCGACCAAGCGAUGCCUCGUAUCAUCAACCCCCACCAUGAACACCUGAGCAAAUCUCUGCUGAAUUUCUUCUGCAUUUCUCCUCCACCCAAACAGCAGCUUCCAUCCCAGACACCGGCCUUUCUUUGCCCCUGAAUUUGGGCUCCCUGACACAGAAAUUAAUACGAUUAAGUUCUGUUUUCAGACACUGGCUGAAAUCCUCAGUCCCUUGUCUUGGUGCUCCCGUUGUUUCUGUUAUUAAGUGAUUUGGAAUAGACCCCUCCUUGUUGAGCAAUAGCGAGCAGUUAAUUAUUUUCAGCUGUAAAAACAUGUGACAGAUGGAUUAGGGAGAAAGCUGCUGGUACUUGCUAAGUGGCUUAUUAUGCAACUGACUUUUGGGCAUUGGUUCAUGAACUAUUUAUUCUGGACUGCUUCUCUUCACACCCUGUUUGUUGUCUGCCAGUCCCACCUCUAACGCCCGGGGGAAUCCUCUGGUCCCCUGGUUCUGCUCUCGGAGGCUACAGGGGGUCCUGGGGGGUCCUGCCCCUGCGCUCUGCGGGGGGACAACGUGGGGAGGAGAUCCCAUGGCACCAGCUCGGUCUGGGUGUGGAGAUGUGGAUCCCAGCAGGACACUCUGCAGCAGGUCCUUGGGUGUCUCCAGAGAGCUCACUGGAAAGGACCCCAAGGGGCUGCUGGGGCUCUUUGGCCACCCUGGUACAGAACCGGGCACCGCUCCCAGUUACAGAUCCCCUUCCCCAGGCACUGGGGCAACUGGUGACGGUUCUUCCAGUUUCUUCUCAGAAAACCACAAUCAAGCCAUCUCUCUUCUUUUUGCUUUGUGUGACAGUCGCAGCACUGCUGAUGGGUGCACCAAAGAACACAUACAGUUUCAAAAUAAGCAGUUAAAGCUUCUUUCAGUGUAUUUUUGGACUUUUUUUUAAAUACAGCAGUUUUGAAAAACAGGACUGUAAAAAUCUGUGGAGUGCGUUGGUGUCACGCUGGGCACAAACAGCAGCAGAAGAGGAGUCUGUGCAAGGACUGGCUUUCAGAGAAUCACAGAAUGGUUUGGGAUGGAAGGGACCUUAAAGCCCCCCCAGUGCCACCCCCUGCCCUGGGCAGGGACACCUCCCACCAGCCCAGGUUGCUCCAAGCCCCCUCCAACCUGCCCUUGAACCCCUCCAGGGAUGGGGCAGCCACAGCUUCUCUGGGCAACCUGGGCCAGUGUCUGUGGCCACCUCACGCUGAGCUUCUCAUCACCCAACACCCCCCCAGUCCUUCCCCCAGGGCCACUCUCACCCACCCUGGGGCUGUGCCAGGGACUGCCCCGACCACGUGCAGGACCUUGGCCUUGACCCAGGUGAACUUCAUUAGGUUCACACAGACCCACCUCAACCUGUCCAGGUCCCUCUGGGUCCCAUCCCGUCCCUCCAGCGUGUCACCCGCCACACGGCUCAGUGUCUGUCACUACCUAAAGCUUAUAAAAUAGGAAAAAAAAUAAAACCAAGCUUGUGUUCCUCUGUG